AUGUCAAGAGGACCAAACGCUAAUUCGAUCCAAGGGGAUGGUGGUAAACUGCCAGUGAAGAACACACCAAUUACUCCAACCAAAAAGAUCAACAAGAUAUCAGUAUCAGACAAAGGAUUCAGCAUAGGCGAUAUUACCAAGAGGGAUACCAGCCCCGGAUCACCCAGUAAAAAUGGAAUAACACGUUCACAUUGGAAACAAUCACAACUGCAAUCACAACCAACUUGCAAAAUUUGUGGCAAAAGAUUGAAUGUCAAGAAUGGAAUUGUCAAUUGUCGAAAAUGUGGAGAAUUGUUUUGCAAUGGCCAUACUCACUAUCGUGUCAAGUUGAGGAACCCGGCAGAAGGGGAGAAAAACCCGCAGUAUGAUUCUUCAAAAGAUGGAGUAUGGUGUCGAUGUUGUGAGACAUGUUUUGAGCAAAGUAGGCUAACGGAAGUCAACUUUCGAGAUAGAACAAAGGAGUUCAAGAUUAAGCGACAAGAGCAGCUAGAUUUGAACAAGUUGCAUCGGACAAAAGUGCAGCGUAAUUUCAUCAAGUUGGCCAAUUUGAUGGUUGAAAAGAAAAGUGCCAAUAAAAAAUCCAUUUAUUCGUUUUUUCAAAAUGUCGAUGACGAUGAAAGGAGCAUAACUGGGGGAAACUGGGCCAUGGACAACAAUGUGACAAACUGUACUAUUUGCUUUACCAAGUUCAACUUCUUGAUAAGAAAACACCACUGUCGUCUUUGUGGCGAAAUAGUAUGUGAUGAUUCAAAUGGUGUACGACGCAAUUGUUCAAUGUAUGUACCGUUAUCGGUAUUUGUUGAAAAGCUACCCAAUUUGAAUUAUUCGAACAACUUUAGAGACGAGUUUGAUCUUCGUGAUGACGAGCUACGGUUCAGAUGUUGUGUCAACUGUAAGAAUUCAUUGUUGUAUGAUUGGAAACGAGAAUACGACUCCAAUGAUCUUCAAUAUGAAGAGAUUUUUUCACUUUAUGAAGGGAUGCUUGUGCUGAAACAGUAUAUUGAAAGAAUGAUGCCAAUAUACGAAAUGGGGACAAGUACAGUAGAAGAGGCCAAAACAGGACACAAGUUAACCAUGAGUUUAAAAGAUUUGGAGAAUUUGAUUCUUCAUUUCAAGAAGAAAUUCUUUUACAAGCACAAUGAAACAUUAUUAGUAUGUGAGGAGUAUCUUAAGUAUAACAGAAUCUUGUCGAAUAUUUAUCAAAGCAUGGGUACUUUUCUUCAUGAUAAUUUAGUCGAAUUUAAAGCCAUUAGUGAAAAGAACAAGCCCGAGGAAGUGCUGCGCCCACCAAAGGAAGAAAGCAGCCCCGUUCCCCGAUUGACUAAGAAGCAAAUUCGUGAAUUGCGAGAACAAUUGAUGGUUUUGAAUGAACAAAAAUUUCUUGUUGAGAAUCAAAUACAGGAGUUUACAAAGGAUCGGAAAUUUGAUGAAUUGGAUUCAUUAAUUACCAAUAAAGAAGAAAUUUCGCAAACGAUAAGUCAAUUGGAAGAGGAAUUGGGUGAGUUUGGGUUUUGA